AUGCCUGCUUUUUUCCAUCCUAUUUAUUGUCUCUGUGUUCAGCUUAUUCUUCUCACUUCUGCUUACAGAGAAACAGAGAGAGAUAUGGAGAGAAAGCUUGCUUUUUCAUGUCUUGUGUUACUCUUAUUAGCUGUUGUUGCAGAAGCAACGUCUCUUCCACGAGUUACCAACCAGAGAGUUACGAAAUCUUCCCCCAAAAGUACCUCAUCAGCAGUCAUUUUCUGGGGUAAAGGUGGCCCUAUCUUCGUCUACACAGGCAAUGAAGCUGAUAUCGAAUGGUUUGCUUCCAACACCGGUUUCAUGCUUGACAUUUCUCCCAAGUUCCAGGCUCUUCUUGUCUUCAUCGAACAUAGAUUCUAUGGAGAUUCGAAGCCGCACAGGUUGGCCAAUAAAUGGGGAUACCUAAACUCACAGCAAGCUUUAGCUGAUUACGCAAUCUUGAUAAGAAGCUUGAAGCAGAAUCUAUCCUCUGAAGCUUCUCCUGUCGUAGUCUUUGGUGGCUCCUAUGGUGGAAUGCUUGCAGCGUGGUUCAGGCUAAAGUAUCCGCAUAUAGCAAUUGGAGCAUUAGCAUCCUCUGCUCCGAUUCUUAACUUUGAUAACAUUGUUCCAUCUACAAGCUUCUACGACACUGUUUCUCAGGACUUCAAGGACGUGAGUGUUAACUGUUUUGAAGUCAUCAAGAGAACCUGGGGAGAAGUGUUGGCUUUCUCCACCAUGAAAGAUGGCUUACAAGAACUCAGCAAAAAGUUCAGAACUUGCAAGGAUCUCCAGUCUGUCGUUUCAGCCUCAGGUUGGCUCGAGAACGCCUUUGUUUAUACAGCCAUGGUUAACUAUCCAACAGAAGCAAAUUUCAUGGCUCCAUUGCCUGCUUAUCCAGUGGAGAAGAUGUGCAAGAUCAUCGACGAGUUACCUCUAGGAGCGAGUAAUCUCGAGCGUUCGUUUGCAGCUGCAAGCUUAUACUACAACUAUACAGGUUCAGAGAAAUGCUUCGAUUUAGAAAGCUACACCGAUCCUCAUGAUACCGACAACGGUUGGGGAUGGCAGGCGUGCACAGAGAUGGUGAUGCCAAUGAGCUGCUCGAACCAGACCAUGUUUCCACCAUUCGGAAAUGAUGGUGACAAAGCAGACCAAGAGUCUUGUCUAGAGGGUUACGAUGUCAAGCCUAGACCACACUGGAUCACCACUGAAUUUGGCGGACAGAGAAUAGAGUUGGUGUUGAAGAGAUUUGGUAGCAACAUUAUAUUCUCAAACGGAAUGCAGGAUCCAUGGAGCGGAGGAGGGGUUCUGAAGAACAUAUCGAUUAGCAUCGUUGCGCUUGUGACCAAGAAAGGAGCUCACCAUACGGAUCUCAGGGCUGCUACGAAAGACGACCCUGAGUGGCUGAAAGAACAGAGGAGGCAAGAAGUUGCUAUUAUUGAGAAAUGGAUCACUGAGUACUACAGUGAUUUGAGACAAGAAGGACCAAAACACCAUUAA